UGCGUUGUUUACAUUUUCCAAGAUGGCGGCGGGGAUGUAUUUGGAGCAUUAUUUGGACAGCAUAGAAAACCUGCCCUUCGAGCUGCAGAGGAACUUCAAUUUGAUGAGGGAUCUCGAUCAACGUACAGAGGAUUUGAAAGGACAGAUCGACUCUCUGGCUAAAGAGUACACAUCCAACGCCCGGACACUUUCCUCUGAGCAAAAACUGUCCAUCCUGAGGCAGAUCCAGCAGUCUUACAGUAAAUGCAAGGAGUUUGGAGAUGAUAAGGUGCAGCUGGCUAUGCAGACCUAUGAAAUGGUCGACAAACACAUCAGACGUCUUGACACGGACCUGGCUCGGUUCGAGGCUGACCUGAAGGAAAAGCAGAUAGAAAGCACCGACUAUGAUUCCACCUCAAGCAAAGGAAAGAAAGGAGAUUCCAGACAAAAAGAGAAAAAAGCAGCUAAAACAAGAUCUAAAGUGAAGAGCUCAGAUGAAGAUGGAAGUCCUAAAAGUGCUCAGAAGAAAGUGAAACUCCUUCAACAAGGAGAAUUCAACAGCCCUUCCUCCAACUUUGGGAACGUACACCCAUCUGAUGUCCUGGACAUGCCUGUGGACCCCAACGAACCCACCUACUGUUUGUGUCAUCAGGUGUCUUAUGGCGAGAUGAUCGGCUGUGACAACACGGACUGCUCCAUCGAGUGGUUCCAUUUUGCAUGUGUGGGCCUAACGACCAAACCCAGAGGCAAAUGGUACUGCCCACGUUGCUCUCAGGACAGGAAGAGAAAAUAAAACUCCUGGUUGUUCUGGAACAAAACAUGGACCCUUUUGAUCGAGCAUAAGAAGAAUAUUUCUUCACUAGUUACUAGAAUUUUUGUUUCUUGUUUUUCUUUACAUUUGGUGCUUUACUCUUUUGUUUACAUCCUUGCCUUGG